AUCCAGCAACUAGGGCAGUGCCCGCAAGAGUUUUUAUUUCACCCAACUACUACAUCUGUAGUCACUCAUACCAUCUCCACCACUUCACCCGAUCAGUUCAAGAGCCCUUCGUAUGCCUUGUUCCAUAUUACAUCUCUGAGUAUGGCAUUCUUUGCUUCAACUGCGGGCUCACCUACCGUGGAACCUUCACCUCACACUCCAUACUCAACCGCAUACACUCAACCCUCUCCUUCCCCUCCACACUCGACCACUGUUCCCCAAUCCUCACCUAGCACACCCACCGAAGAGCAGAGUAACACGCUGAACUUCGUCUAUGUAGUUCUGGGUGUUGCUGGUCUGUUGAUCCUCGCUGCUAUUGCAACUGCUGUCUUAAUCGUACUCGGCAUACGAUGCACGAGAAAAAAGAGAGCAAUCAGCUUUAAAAAAUGUUAAGUAUAGACGAAGAACGCCAACCUAUGUGAUUGCCCCAGGGAUGCACCAUGACAAAGAUGACAGCCUCAACAAAAGUGGCACGGCAUUGAGAAGAAACUCAACAAUCUACUCUAAACCAACCUGGCCUGGCCGCACGAAUGAAACUGAUCCAAGAGAGCAUCAUUAUGCCGUUAUUUCAGGAGACCAAGAGCGUAAUGAGUACAGCUAUGCCUACCGACACGACGCACUUCCAGCCCACACAUUAAUGAAGCCAGCAGCGGAGGAAGGAAGUGGAAAAACAGACGGGCCUUAUCAGAAGAUUGGAACUCCUGACUACAUACAAAUGUACUCAAAACCUUCCACUUUUCCUCUUAGCAGCGAGCAGAGUCCUAGUCCACCAGCGUGCAAAGAAGAAAAGCGGUACACCAAAUUAAGUAGUGCAACGCUGAAUGAGUCAAGUGUUUAUAAUCAAACCGACAAACGUGGACAAUGAUCAAGACUAAUAAUGGUGAUGUCAUCGGUGUGUACAAUAUAGAAUUCUCUCCCUAUGUUAUUCAUAUCCAUACUUUCAAAAAUGCCCAAAGUGGUGAUUUCAUAACCAGUAAAAACAAACGCUUGCAGCGUACAUACAGCAUUCGUUUCCAGUAUAGCAUCGUAGACGUGGACAGAGCUCAAGUAAUGAAUAGGUCUGAGUUUGUGCUUGAGUACAACUCUACAUCAAACUCAACAUCCGAGCUGCCCUGUGGUUUGAUAUGUAUCUCAGCCAGUGGAGGCAGCCUUUUGCUUCUCCUGACAGCUACAGCAAUUGCUCUUCUCCUUGUCUGCUGCUGUCUAGUCAAACGAAAGAGAGCUUCGGUAGUGCUGUGCUGUGUUUGCUGCACGAAUCGGCGUCGGAGAGCGGGUAAGUGAAAUGACGACUAUAGCUAUAUCGACGCUGCACCAAAGCUACCUUUUUGUUUUAGCUCAGCCGACGUCCACGACAGCAGACGACGGCGGACUUGGAGGACCACGUGAGAGGCAGCAACCCUCGGAAAUAAUACACAACAACGCCUAUUUAUCUUUUGAGAUCCUGCUAGAACAGUCAACAGACGAACCAUCAGGGGAAGAAAACGAAAAAUAUGGGAACUAUGGACUAUGAGCACAUCUAUUCAAGGCCUACUCCAUUAUGACGAGUGUACAAAACGACAGUUAUCCCCAAAACAAGAGUAAAAGAUACACAGAAAGUUUUUGACAGUGCAAAAUGUGUUGACAAUAGCCACAUAUCACUCCAAAUUUAUGUAAUGCGAGGCGCGCACCAGUUGUAGAUUCGUAGCUAAGUGGAUUUUUCGACUUUUGACGAUCGAUUAUCAUGGGGUCCUCGCUGGGCUGCUUUGAUGAUGAUGACAAAGACAACGAUACUGUCUGCUACUCUUUGGUAGGAGUAACGGGAGUGUCACUGGUCCUGCUUUUAGCAGCAGUGCUAGUUCUGUGCUGCGUGUGGCGCAAGAAACGGCAACGGCGGAGAGCAGUUCAAUUCGGAGAGCAGAUCAAUCAUUACGAAAAAGAUGCCAAGAACCAGGUUCUGCUUCUUGGAGAGUAUGCAGAAGUGGUGGACGCCAUUCACUCACGGCCUCCUGGGAGUGACAUUGGGGGUCUGAGACAGAGUAGGCUGAUGAUGCCGGAGAGGACUUUAGAAGAAACGACAAACAGAUCAGAGGAAGGACCUGUGUUAGUGCUUCCGUUGAUUAGGGAGAGAGGUGUGUGCACGAAACCACCACCGCUUCAACUGCAGCUGCAUCACCAGUCGAUGAUAAAGAGAAAAGCGGCAGAAUUCCGUGCACGGAGCGAGGUUCUCAUCGCCAAUCCCCUGAAAGCCGGAGCUAAUCAUCUGAUUACUGAUAGCACGGCUAGCGACAGUACCGAGCAUGUGUAUGAUUCAGUCGAUUCAGUUACCACUCCAACUACUACAACUACUCCAGAAGCAGCCGCGGUUCUUGGAGCUCAACUCGGAGGCAGCACUAACUACCCGCCCAUCUACCACGUGUUGGAAGGUCCAACACCUGUACCACAGACCAGUGAACCAUCCCCCGUGAACCCCCAACCUUCUGUUCCCCCUAAACCACCCCGAAGCCGCCAAAGAAUACAGUCGUGUGCCGCGUUGGACGCAAGAAGCCCAGAAACUAACGAGCAUCCCCAGUUGAGAUCUGUUCAGAGACAACUGAGCUCGGUGGUGGCCAUAUACGAAGGAAUGCCAGAGAGGGAGAGAUCGGCCUCAUCUUUGCUGCUCUCUCCACACGUGACAAGAGGAGCAGGGAGAGAUAGUGAAACGCCACAAAAGGACUUUAAGGAGCAUGUGUAUCGGGCUCUUCACGAGUCACCUCAUGCUCAAAACACGCCACAGUUAGCUGGAACACGACAACAGCACAAGGAAAAAACAGUGAAGACAAACAACGAAAAUGGGUCCCAAGUGUGCUUUCAGAAGAAAGCGGAGGAAUCCACUGUUUACAAAACUAAGGAGCAUGACUUUCAAUCAGAGCUCCCAAAGAUUCCACAACGGAUGUCUUCUGAAAUACCAAAGGAAAACAUGCAUCCCCAACAUCUCGCAAAGAAAGCAAGGGCUGGUGGUGACUCAAACAGAGCAGAAGAGGGCCAAUACUACGCUCAGCCCUUCGUAAAUAAGAGGCAAUCUUCAGCCGAGUGUCACGUAUUUGAUGACCCUGCUUACUGCACACAGUCAUGUGGGGGCUCCAAGAAACUGGCCAGCAGCACUGACAGUGCAAUUGAAACUCCACAUUUUGACGAUCCUUCUUAUGCCACACCCUCCCCGAAUAGCAAGCAGGACAUAACCCAGUCUGCUGACAGCCUCUUUGAUGAUCCGAAAUACAACAGCUCGGGUGCUAUAGCAGAUCGCCGGAGUCUGAGGGUCAAAUUCGACGACCCAAAGUACAACCCAGUCCAAGUACGAAACGUCUUGACCAGGCGCCUAAUGGAGGGAGAGAGAAAAGGAGUUCGCCACAGUUCCUCUGCGGACCACUUUGGUGCUUCUAUCUACUCGAGCGGCGCCGAGUUCUCGGAUGACUUAGAAGGCAAACUCAGAGGAGGAAACAGCUUGACCAACUUGGCUGAGCAAAGAAGCGGCAGAGUUCACCGUUUCAAAGCUACUAAUGUUUAGUGUUUCAUAAGUGUGUGUGUGUGUUUCUUUAUCACAGGCGUUCUGAUAGAUACUCUA